CUUGCGCGUUCUUCCGAUUCUGUAAAAGCUGGAGGCGCGUCCAUUUUGUUAGCACGUACGAUCCCGGUUAGUCGACGCCGGUGCAAAGUAUAAUUCUCGUUUGCAACGAGUUCGUGUUACUCGAGUAGAGUAAGGGCUACGAAGCCAGUGACUGUCUGUCGGCGGCGUUCGUGGAUUUGUAGCUGCGUAUCGUAAGUACAGAGAGCGCAGCUGGCAAGCGUGAGAACCUACUUGUAGAUACAUAGCGCAACAAGAAUCAGAACGGAGGAGAAGCCGCUGGAAAGAGAAUCGUUGUGCCAGGGCCGCGAAACGCGUCGCGUACCCGGUUCGUCGUUAGUUUUAGUUUUAGCAAGAUGGCGGAACUACAGGGAACCCCGGUUGCUCAAGACGCCCUGUCCGUAGCCCAGCUAGAGCUCGGUGGAAAUCCAAACGCCUUAGCUUUGCGUAGGCCGUUUGACCCUGUGGCACAUGAUCUCGACGCGACCUUCCACCUUACGCGGUUCGCCGACCUAAAAGGAUGAGGGUGUAAAGUCCCUCAGGAGGUUCUUGGGAAACUCCUCGAGGGACUACAGGCCGACGAUGGUAGCGCACAAGAUCAUGAACAUGCCCAUUUUAUGCACAUGGCCAUUCCACGCAUCGGCAUUGGCAUGGAUUCCUCCGUAACUCCACUGAGGCAUGGAGGGCUUAGUUUGGUACAAACUACAGACUUCUUCUACCCAUUAGUUGAUGAUCCUUACAUGAUGGGUAAAAUUGCAUGUGCAAAUGUUAUCAGUGAUCUGUAUGCCAUGGGUGUUACUGAAUGUGACAAUAUGCUAAUGUUGUUGGGAGUCAGUACAAAAAUGACUGAGAAGGAAAGGGACGUUGUUGUACCUUUGAUCAUGAGAGGAUUCAAAGAUUCUGCUCUGGAAGCUGGUACAACAGUAACAGGAGGUCAAACAGUUGUUAAUCCUUGGUGUACAAUAGGUGGUGUUGCUUCUACUGUUUGUCAACCAAACGAAUACAUUGUACCAGACAAUGCCGUUGUGGGUGAUGUUCUUGUUUUGACAAAGCCACUUGGAACUCAAGUCGCUGUUAAUGCUCACCAAUGGUUAGAUCAACCAGAUCGCUGGAACAGAAUUAAACUUGUGGUCAGUGAAGAUGAUGUAAGGAAAGCUUAUCAGAGAGCAAUGGAUAGUAUGGCCAGGCUUAACAGAAUAGCGGCUAGAUUAAUGCAUAAAUACAAUGCACACGGAGCAACAGAUGUUACGGGUUUCGGCCUUUUGGGACACGCACAAAAUUUGGCCAAACACCAAAAGAAUGAAGUCUCUUUCGUUAUUCAUAAUUUGCCCGUAAUCGCAAAAAUGGCAGCUGUAGCAAAAGCGUGCGGUAACAUGUUUCAACUCCUUCAAGGUCACUCGGCGGAAACCAGCGGUGGAUUACUUAUUUGCCUACCUAGAGAACAGGCUGCUGCAUAUUGUAAAGAUAUCGAAAAGCAGGAAGGAUACCAAGCGUGGAUUAUUGGUAUUGUAGAGAAAGGGAAUCGCACGGCCAGAAUAAUCGACAAACCACGAGUAAUAGAAGUGCCAGCUAAAGAAAAAGAUGGGGAGCUUUGGUAAAGGAUCACAGAUGGCGAAACUUUUUUAUUUACUUUCAUGUAUUUAGGAGAAACUACACGCAACACAGAAAACACGCAUUUACAUAAAUCAACACUACUGUACCAGAUUCAAAGCACUUAUAUGUGCACCAUUAUUAUGGUGAAGUAACGAAUUUUCAAUAUUUUUAUUCAGUAAAAAUUUGAUUAUAUACAGUGAUCGUCCCAUUUUGUCCCACGGGUUAAAAGAAUGAGAUACAAUAAUACAAACUUAUAUUUACGUGUUAUCUUUAUUGAAGUUCAGUCUCAAGUUUUAACUUAGGAGUAACACGUUUCUUUUUUUCUCGUUUCUAAUUUUUGUUGAAAGCUAAAAAUAUUUCAUCAUAAAACUGUAAAAUGUUCAUAAUAGUCUUCCUGACAGUUAUGAAUCCUUAUUGGAAAGAAUUCAAUACAAAAAACAAAUUUGAGGAAGCAAUGAAGUAACGAAAGAAGUGAAAUUUGAGUAUAUAUUUUUUUUAAGAUUUAAGACUUAAUAUGUACUACAUACGUACCCUGGUAGCAGUAGGCUCGGGGUAAGCUUCAAUUGCAUUUGAUCAAACUUGCAAUAUGUUGAGUGACAUUUGGGUGCUUAGUGUUAAUAAAGGACGUUAAGGUACACAUAAAUGAUGAUAGCUCGUGAUUAUGGAGAUUUAUAAAUAUAUUUUAAAAGGGUAUACAAUAUUGCAAAAAAGAAAAAAUGAUUUUAACGAUAUAUUGUACAUUACUUCGACUUACGGAUUUAAUAGAAUUGAAAAAGGAAACAUUGAAAACAUAGUUAUAUAGAUGCAACGUUGUAAACAAGGACAUUAUUAACCCGUAGUACACAAUGACAGGCUUUUAAGGCCAACGAGAUUCCCACAAUUUGUAAUUUUGACCUAUUGUUACAUAGAAUAUGUAAGUUGUCCAAACGAAAAGAAGGCCUUCUCUAGUUUUCUCGUUACAUACGCUUUUGAAAAUAAUUAUAAAAAGAAAUAAGAAAUCGAGCACAGGCCCUAAUGUUGUAUUACUUUUUCAUAUGAAUAAAGUGCUACUUUGUCAAUAAAAA